CUGGCGGCGGGGCGGAGCCGCCUGUCCCGCUGCGGGCGGCGGGCGGGGAUGGGCCCGGUGCCGCCCGCGGGGGCGCGGUGACGGCGGAGCGGAGAGGAGAGGAGAGGAGCGGGGCGACGGGCACUGCCCCUCUGCACGCCAUGAGCACCGGCACAGUUUCACAACCACAGGCUGUACAUAGCCAACUGGAGAAGCCAUCAAGUACUGCAAUUCUCUGCAAUACCUGUGGAAAACCAUGCAAAGGAGAAGUUUUGAGAGUUCAGAACAAGUAUUUCCAUAUUAAGUGCUUUGUUUGCAAAGCUUGUGGAUGUGACCUGGCUCAAGGAGGAUUUUUUGUGAGACAGGGGGACUACAUCUGUACUUUGGACUACCAGAGACUCUAUGGCACACGGUGCUUCAGUUGUGAUGAAUUCAUUGAGGGAGAAGUGGUCUCAGCACUGGGCAAAACCUAUCACCCAGACUGUUUUGUGUGUGCUGUUUGCAGGCUGCCUUUCCCUGCAGGUGACCGGGUAACUUUUAAUGGGAAAGAGUGCAUCUGCCAGAAAUGUUCCCUGCCCCCUUCCAGCAGCACUGGCUCUUUCCCUGUACAGAACUUGCGAAAUUGUGGAGGCUGUGGUUCAGAAAUAAAAAACGGGCAGUCAUUGGUUGCCUUGGACAAACACUGGCAUUUGGGCUGUUUUAAGUGCAAUACAUGUGGCAAGCUACUGAAUGCAGAGUAUAUCAGCAAGGAUGGCAUUCCAUAUUGCGAAACGGACUACCAUGCAAAGUUUGGUAUCAGAUGUGACAACUGUGAAAAAUAUAUUACAGGAAGAGUGCUUGAGGUGACUGAGCAGUGGAAGAGGUUGACCAGAGAGGUUGUGGAGUCUCCGUCUUGGAGAUCCCUUGCUCCUUUAUACCAGGCAGGAGAAAAACAUUAUCACCCCACUUGUGCACGAUGUGUGAGGUGCAGUCAGAUGUUUGCAGAAGGAGAAGAAAUGUAUCUUCAAGGUACAUCCAUCUGGCAUCCAGUUUGUAGACAGGCUGCCAAGACUGAAGAAAAAAACAAGGAAACAAGGACUUCCUCUGAGAGUAUAAUUUCUGUACCUGCUUCAAGUACAUCAGGUUCCCCAAGCCGUGUUAUCUAUGCAAAGCUUGGAGAUGAAAUUCUUGACUACAGGGAUUUGGCUGCUCUUCCUAAAAAUAAAGCCAUCUAUAACAUUGAUCGCCCAGAUAUGAUCUCCUAUUCUCCAUAUAUCAGUUACUCUUCAGAUGACAGGCAUAGUUACGGGGAGUCACCUCAGUUGCUCUCUCCAACACCUACUGAGGGUGACCAAGAUGACAGAUCCUUCAAACAGUACAGGACUUCAAGUCCUAGCUCUGCUGGCUCACUGGGUUAUGGUCGCUACACUCCAACAUCCCAUUCUCCUCAGCAUUACAGUAGGCCAGGCAGUGAAAGUGGUCGGAGCACUCCAAGCUUAUCCAUGUACUCAGACAGCAAAUCUUCACCUUCUGUCUAUCAGCAGGCUCCUAGGCAUUUCCAUAUUCCAGACACUGGCGUAAAAGAUAACAUCUAUAGGAAACCUCCUAUCUACAAACAGCAUGCACUAAGAAGAUCAGAAGGGGAGGAUGGAAGUUUGGAUCAGGACAAUAAGAAGCUGAAGACCAGUUGGCUUAUUCUGAAAGGGGAUAUGGACACCAGAACUAAUUCCCCGGAUUCGGAUACCCGAUCCCUGUCUCUUACUCCUGGAACUGACAGAGAUAACUUCCAGAGAGCACAGGAGGGCACUACCGCCAUGUACUCCCGAUUUCCAUAUUCUAAAUCUACUUCUCUACCUGGCUAUGGAAGGAAUGGCUUGCAUCAGCCUGAAAAUAUGGGCCAAUAUGAAACAGACCAGGAGGCGAGCUGGGGGAUGAAAGAGUACAAGGUAAGAAGGGCUUUUCCAACACUGGAAGAACAAUCAGAUUCAGCACAUCCUAGCAAGAUUUAUCCUUAUGAAACACUUAUUGUAACAAACCGAGUUCGUGUGAAAUUGCCCAAGGAUGUGGACAGGACCAGACUGGAGAGGCAUCUGUCCCCUGAAGAGUUCCAGGAAGUCUUCAAAAUGAGCAUUGAGGAGUUUGAUCGCCUGGCACUUUGGAAGCGGAAUGACCUGAAGAAAAAGGCCCUGCUUUUCUAGUCCCUCCUGGAUAAAUAUGUGCUUAAUCAAAACAGAAAUAGUCUUGCCAGAACUAUCACAUGCACUUGCUGUUGAACCAUUGUCCAGCUUCACUGUAUUAGUAUGUGUUGGAGGAAACAGGACAGAUUAGAUGGCAACGUGUUGGAAUACAAAGAAUUUGCUAACCUUGCAUUACCAUCUGGUUCUGUCAGUAACUCUGGUCCUACCCAGUUUACAACACGCAAAAAUCUAGCUUUAAAUUUAUUGUUGCUUGCAGUUAUUGCUUGAUGCAAAUGGAAAUUCUGGAAUGAAGAGAAAGUGUAGCUGUGACAAAGGAAAUCUGACAUUUUGUUUCGUUAAGUUUUAAAAUACAGUUUUUACAAAAUCAAGUAAUGAAUAUAAAAUUCUCUAACGGAGGAUCACAUGCUAUUAAAAAUGUGGUAAAAGCCAAAGAAAAGCAUGUCCACAAGCAAUUAUUGCAGCUCUUUAUGUGUGGUACUUUUUAAGAAUGAAAGGAAAAAUAUGGAAGCACCUUAAUUCUACUUCUUAUACUUUAGACACAGCCUUUUCUCUAAAAGGUCGUUUUUGUCUAAAUGGCAACUAGCUAUCUUUAAUUACAGCACAAGAGUUUUUAUUUUAUUAAGAAUAUAUUGUGACAUAAAACACUUAUUAUGACAAAAGUGUAUACAGAGACCUACUUAAAAAUUUAGUCCCGUUCAUCAGGAAAAUGGAAGCCUUAUACAAAACUGGUGUAAGAGUGUAUUGUGACAGUUAACAGUGUUUUCCUACUAUUUUGGGGUAUUUGGGGGACUUUUUUUUUUUACAUUUCAUGCUGAUAUAAAUGCCAUGUAAUCUUAAUUAUAUGUAGAUAGAUACGUCUAUCUAUUAAGUAUUUUUUUCAUUAAUAUAUGUUCUCAAUAAAGACGUUUUUACAUUCUCCACUUUCUGGCUUUAUAUCAUAAGCCAUGAGAGCGGUAAUGGCAAUUGGUAGGUGUAGAAAUGGAACAGAUCAGCAUAAAAUGUAACAAAAAAAGCUUGGUGUGCUCUAUCAAUAGUAUAUCAAAUUAUAAUCAAAUAUAUGAAGCCCUCAUGCAUUACUAUUUGCAUGUUUUCUGUACAAAUCAAUUUAAAAAAAAUCCCUAUAUGAUACUGGUGCAGUACCUUGGAACUAUCUUAAAUAACAAGCAAAGCUAACAGAAUCUGAGCAUUUGAUAUGAGGUCUUAAUAUCUCUUCCAACUGAAAGACUGUAUUAAAUUUAAUAAUUUCAUAUGGUCAGAAGUAUGGUUGCUGACAAAGAAUGAUUCAAAGCAAGUUGCUAGUUUUGUGUGAUACUAAAAGAGAAUUACAAAAAGUACAUUUUUCAGCCAUGUGUCAGUAUUCUGCAUUUUUACUGCCUUGAAUGUUUGUACUCACUUCCUACUUCACUAUGUCUUUUUGCAUAAGUAACUGGUUAAUAUAUGCACUACAACACACUGUUUCAGCUGCCCCAGCAUUGGAAAAAUCAUAGCACUGAACAUGCCUUCAUCUGACUAACUUUCAAAAUCCAUACUGUUAGAAAUAAAUAUUUUCUCAUGACCUAAAUGUUUUGUCUGAUGUUACAAAUGUUAAAAAAAAUCAUUAAAACAAAGACAUAACUGAA